AUCAGGCGGGUCCGCGGCCACCUCUGUUUACAAUAAUUUCCCAGAAUUCUUUGCUCACUUCCUUUUCCUCCAUCUUUCUCCUCAUAGUGACGGUGGACUCACCUGGAGAAGACUGAAGAUGCCUGGAAGACUGUGGAGUAAAGCCAUCUUUACCGGCUACAAACGUGGUCUGAGGAACCAGCGAGAACACACGGCCCUGCUGAAGGUGGAGGGAUGCUACACCAGAGACGAGGUCGACUUCUACCUGGGCAAACGCUGCGCCUACGUCUACAAGGCCAAGAAGAACACGGUGACGCCCGGCGGUAAACCCAACAAGACCCGAGUGAUCUGGGGGAAGGUGACCCGGGCGCACGGCAGCAGCGGGAUGGUCCGGGCCAAGUUCAGCAGCAACCUGCCGGCCAAAGCCAUCGGACACAGAGUCAGAGUGAUGCUGUAUCCCUCCCGGGUGUGAAGAAGAAGAAGCUGCAGCUCUUUGACGUUCUUGUUUGUACAGAAACAAUAAAGUGAUCAGGUCCAAACAG